ACCAGGGAGGGUUUUCAGCACUUGCCACAGCAGCUCGCUAUGGACAGCAGCACAAAGAGCCAGUGAUCCUCGCAUCGCUCGGACGCUUGACAGAAACCACAGCUGACAGCAGAGACAUCAGAGAGAAGAAGAGUGAGACAGGAGAGGGAAGGGAAGCGGAAGCGCUCUGUGGACUACCCAUUGAAAUAAUAAUAAUAACAAUAAUAAUAAGGUUUUGAACCUGCAACCCGUUUUGUUUUUGAAUAUCUCGUUGCUGUAAAACAGAACCUGCAGGAUGGAAGAAGACAUGGAUGAGGGGCAGACCCAGAAGGGAUGCCUCGAGUGCUGCAUCAAAUGCCUGGGCGGGAUCCCGUACCCGUCUCUUAUAGCCACCAUCUUGCUGUACGCGGGUGUGGCUCUGUUCUGCGGCUGCGGACAUGAGGCCCUGUCCGGCACCGUCACCAUCCUCCAGAACUACUUCGAGGUGGUGCGGAGCCCUGUGGACGCUCUGGACGUCUUCACCAUGAUCGACAUCAUCAAGUACGUGAUCUACGGCAUCGCCUCGGCCUUCUUCGUCUACGGCAUCCUGCUGAUGGUGGAGGGCUUCUUCACGAGCGGAGCCAUCAAAGAUCUGUACGGAGACUUCAAGAUCACCACCUGCGGACGCUGCGUCAGCGCUUGGUUCAUCAUGCUGACAUACAUCUUCAUGCUGGCCUGGCUUGGAGUGACGGCCUUCACCUCCCUGCCGGUCUUCAUAUACUUCAACAUCUGGAAUAUUUGCCAAAAUGCUACAGUGCUGGACGGGACCACGCUCUGCCUGGACCCACGCCAGUAUGGUCUUGUGCCAAUCAACGAGGCAAAAACAGUUUGUGCCGGAUCAGAGAAGUUCUACAAGAUGUGUGAAUCCACUGAGCUGGACAUGACUUUCCACCUGUUCAUCUGCGCCCUCGCUGGAGCAGGAGCUGCUGUCAUUGCAAUGAUCCACUACUUGAUGGUGCUGUCUGCCAACUGGGCCUACGUGAAGGACGCCUGCCGGAUGCAGAAGUACGAGGACAUCAAGUCGAAGGAGGAGCAGGAGCUUCAUGACAUCCACUCCACUCGCUCCAAGGAGCGACUCAACGCCUACACAUAAAGACCAGCGUGAGGCCUGGCCCUGCCACUCCGGCCUCUCUCCCUGUCUCUCUCUCUCUUCUGUCUUUCUAUCUGUCUCUAUCUACCAUCCCCUCCCGAGGGGGGGCGGAUGGCGCCUAGGGCCCUCGCCACUGCUGAUGUCACUGGUGCGUCAUAUGACAAUGUGGUCUGUGGGGGGGGGGUGGGGACGUCACACAAACCUCCUCAGUCACAAACAGCAUUUCAGAUGAAAAAAAAGCCCCUUUACCUCUCUCAUGGAUGGUGUUCUGAUUAUCAUAAUGACAUUUAUAUUAUUCUUGAUCAACUCGUUUAGUGCUGAUAGUAGUUUUAGUGUAGUUUGUAGAAUCAGAAGUAGCCGUAGUAUUUCAGCUUUUAUUUUUUAUUUUUACUUUGAAUAAUUUUCGUAUGAUUUUUUUUUAAAUUUCUAUAUGAUGCUACGUGUCAUUUUUGCUCUUAUGCAUAAUUUAUUUUAUUUUUGCUUAUUUCUGAGAAGGUCAACAGGGGCUUAAAAGGGUUUUCAAGCACAUUUCUCAUGUCGUGUGUCUGGAGAUUUCAUGUUCAAGAACUAUGUACUGUAUGUGAACGGGUGGUUAGUUUUGAAAAUAUUUUAAAAUCUCACAAUGCAACCGUGAAGCGUCGUAAGCCUUUUGUCAUACCAGUAUUCCCAGGGAUUAAAACCACUUUCACGUGAAAGUAAUUCAAUCUGUUUUUUCUAGUUGAAGUUCUACAAUAGCGAGACAUCACGAUAAUAAAAAACCAAAUCAUUAGCGUGAAACAAAUAUUUGCUAGACGUGCCAAGCCUGUUAAACAGGUAACAAUGACUUUGAGAGAUAUCAAAGACGUGAUUAGUAGAUUAAAGAUAAAUUAUGGGUUAUUUUAUUAUAAUCUUUGCCAAUUCAGUGUAUUUUAGGACUGUGAAUGAUUCCAUUGUCUUUGAAUCACAAGCUACAAAAGCACAUGCAAACAUGCUUUCAUAAGCCCUUUUUUAUUUCUUAACUGUGGGACUUUAUAAAUACUAAACUCCUGUUUUUUGCAGAACUCUGCACUGUAUAUACUGAUAUAUCAAAUCAUACCUAUAUGUUAAGCACUAACAUUGAAGGACAAGGGUUCACUGUGGGUCGGUCCACUCUGCAUCAGUCAGUCUCAACAGAAUCCAUAAUCGUGUGUGUGUGUGUGUGUGUGUGUGUGUGUGUGUGUGGUGGCACUCCUCGGUGGAUUUAUCAGAUGUGAGAAAACGUGUGUGUCACGGUGACUUUUGUUCAUGACAGUAACUGUAUUGCUUACACACCCUGAUGCCAUACGACUACUACGGUGGCCUGUCGGUUCAUUACCUGGCAAAUUCAGUUUUGUCAGUAUCUCCAAAAUCUACUUUCAUGCACUUAUUUGACCAUUUCUGUGCUCUCUCUAGAUGUAAGCGCAUUGGUGUUCAACUCAAAGUUGGAAACUGUACUGUUAGUAAACGACUGUGAAUUUAGAUGUUUUUCGUGGCAUGGACAUGCAUUAAUAUAGUCUUAUUGACUCAAAAGUUUCUUUAUUUCACUUCUUUAUUUUUACACUUCUGACUGUCUUGCUGGAUCAACCCUUUGUUUAUAUGUGCAGUACUAAACCUCCCACGCUUACCGCGUUAUGCUACUGAUAUUAGAGACUGUAGUCUUUGAGUUGUGUCUAUUUAGUUUGUGAUGAGCUCUCAACCAUGUCUUAAAACUACUACUUGUACCAACAUUGCUUACUCUGUAACGAUCCAAAAAAAUGCUUUCAGCUUCCUCCUCGUAUUAGUCUUUUGUAUUUUCACUACGAAUGCUUAGUAGCAGGCUUUAAAUUGAAUCUGUUUUGUACAUUCAUGUGCCAACAGCUUGAAGUGGCUUAUUUGACCUGUAUGAUCAAAUUUGCUUGCAUUAAUAAAAAUUCACUUGUGUACUUGUUAAUAAAUA